GAUCCCUCAAAUGUCAAUAGAAGGGCAGGCAAAUUUGAAGAUGAGUGAGGAAGAGCAGAGAGAGACCAAUAAAUUCAACUGCACUUUCCAUGGUGAUUUGGCACUAGAAAACAACCCUGUCACAUUUGAAGAUGCCAUCAAGGUGUAUGCUGGCCUGCCAUUUCUGCUAGGGGAGAACGGAGAACAUGCUGUGCCCAUGACCGCCUGGCUCUAUCCUCUCAAGAACCUGGACUCUGCAGCUGCCCAGCUAGUCAGGCAGAUCAGUGUUUGCCUGGUGCGUCGCGCACAGCGACUCUUGGACGGACUCGACAAUACUGAUGUACAAUGCCAGGACAUGAUGAAGGAAGACAUGGCUAUCAAGUUCCCUGAACUCAAAGCCAAAAUCAACAAGUUCAGGGACUUGUGCUCAGAGUACAAGCUGGUGUUCCAGAAAGGUCUCUGCAAGGUUCUUCCCAACAUAAGAGGAGGAGGAAUGGAGGAGGAAGAGCUGAUAAAAAUGCUCAACAGCAAAGAACGUUCUCCAUUCCAGAAUAACCUCAUGAUCACGUACCUGGACGACAGAGAGAGAGAGAUGAAUGUUGUUCGCUCUUACCUUGACAUAAUGAAAGAGGUACAAGUUGUGUGCUCAAGCAGUGAAUUGGAUGGAAUAGUGCUUGAUAAAGCUAAUGAUUUUGUAGUGUGUUUUGCAUUUUCCUAUUUGAAGGAGAAAGAAGAGUAUGUGUUAGACUUGGAGAACUACUUGCUGGAAGAAUCAAAAAGUGAUUUUUCACUGAUACCUUACAAUCCCAACGCAGCCGGGAAGACUACAGCAGAAAAGUGGUUUCGCUCGGGGGAGGUAACGACCCUAACUAGGCAAACCAUAAAUCUGUUCCUAGACUUCAAAGAUUCAAACAAAGGCAGAGAAAAUCUUGCAUUCUGCAUUGCAUCAAUUCCAAACAAACACCUCACUGCUUCCUCCAUCCAUGUCUAUGAAAGAGGGACACUUUUGAGUCAACAGUUUGAGCUGCCAUCAAAGCCAGGUGUUCCCACCAUCAAGAGUCUGGAGCAUGACUGUGUCCACUUGCAAGUCAACCCUCCCAACCUUGGUGUUACCUGUGUGGAGUCGUACCAGGUUUUGUACCAGGCUGAGCAGGCUGACUCUGAGUGGACAGAGGUGAAAUCGGAUGCUACAACUAACCAGGUCACCAUCAGUCGUUUAGACCCUUACAAAAAGUACCGCUUUAGCUGCAAGGCAGUGUGCAGACCUGGUGUGAGCCUCUCCAGUGACUGGACAGAAUAUUUCAGGACCCGCCCAUGUAGCCCCCCUGGACCACCCACAAAGAAGAGGAUAGAAUCGGGAAGUAUCAGAGUGAACUGGGACAUUCCUACCAUGGUGGGAGAUGAUGUUGAAGUCAUUGGUUAUGUGGUUGAAUACAGAAAGAAUGUAAAGGCUAUAGACAAUCAGAUGUGGCACACCAUGAAAACCACCACUAGAGAGAGUACACUGGAAGGACUUGAGGCUGACACUGCAUACAGCAUCAGAGUCUUUGCUAACUGUGGCGAAGCAGGGAAUAGUCUACCCAGUUCUGAGACUGUGCUGACUACCCUUAGGGUCUCUGAUCCCCAACCGAAGACGAGCAAAUCAACCAGAGCAAAAAGUGAGGAGUUCCUCACAAAAUCCCAGAAGGUGGAAAAGGGCAACCCCUCAAUCCACUGGCUGAAUCUGGAACAGAAGUUGGGUGUAAGUGACAGUUUUGACCAGUACAGAUUUGGGAAGAAAGUUGAGCAAGGUAAUAACAAGGUGAUAUUGCUUCUGGGGGCCACAGGUGCAGGAAAAACAACUCUGGUCAAUGUCAUGAUAAACUACAUUCUCGGGGUAAAGUGGGAAGAACGUUACCGCUUUAAGCUCAUCCAUGAGGUGACCAACAGAUCACAGGCUGAGAGCCAGACUGUGGUUGUGACAUCAUACGAGCUCUACAACCAGCCAGGCUUUCAGAUUCCUUAUUCUCUGACCAUCAUUGACACACCAGGGUUCGGAGACACCAGAGGAAUGGCUCAAGAUAAAUUGCUCACCCAGAUGUUGAAGGAUUUCUUGUGUCAUCCUUUAGGGAUUGAUCACAUUGAUGCACUCUGCUUUGUAGUGCAGGCAACACUUGUUCGUCUCAGUCCUUCCCAGAGAUACAUCUUUGAUUCCAUCCUGUCCAUCUUUGGAAAGGAUGUUGCUGAAAACAUCCUGAUGCUUGUGACAUUUGUAGAUGGGAAGCAAAUACCGGUGCUAGAGGCCAUCAAAGCUGCAAAUCUGCCUUGUAAGAAAAACAAGAAGGGGCUACCAACCCAUUUCAAAUUCAACAGUUCAUUUGUGUUCUCAAAGGAGACGGAGAGCAGCUCUGAAGAGGAUGAUUCCAAUGAUGAUCAUAAGGCCCAGUGUCCAGAUCAAUGGAGUUCAACUUUCAAGGAGAUGAAGAAAUUUUUCCAAGCACUGGAAAGCAUUGAGAGUAAAGAUCUGACCCUGACAAAGAAAGUUCUGGAAGAACGUGAGCUUCUGGAGAAGACAUUGACACACCUGACCCCUCAGAUCACAGCAGGUCUGUCAAAGCUAAGUGAGAUCAAAAGCUUCAAACAGUGUCUGGAGAACGAGGACGAGAACAUGAAACAGAACAAAGAUUUUGAAUCUGAGGUAAAUGUGCUGCAGGUGAAGAGAAGCAAAUUAUCCCAAGACUUUGCAACAAACUGCAAGAUAUGCAAUUUCACAUGUCACACCUGCUGUUUCCUCCCAAAUGAGGAUGAAAUCAAAAGUUGUGCCGUGAUGGAUGAUGAUGGCAACUGUACCGAAUGUCCAGGAAAAUGCUCUUCCACUGACCACGACAGGGAAAAAGUCUUGUUGACAUAUGAAACAAAGACUGAGAAAAGGACUAUUCAAGAACUGAAGGACAACUUCAUGAAGGCAUGGGACAAGUCUAAUGAAACCAAGGAGAUGCUGGAUAAACGUGAGGAUGAGUUUCAUAUGAUUGAGGACGCGCUGAUGAAUUUGAUCAAGCAGUCUUCUGACUGUCUCAAGAGACUUAAUGAUGUUGCCCUGAAACCAAGCUCUCAGUCCACUGUGGAGUACAUUGAGAUACUCAUUCGCACAGAGGAGGACGAACGCAAGCCAGGCUUUGAGGAUCGGAUCGUAGAGUUGAAGAAAAUGAAGGGAGAGCCUGAGAUUCUGGAUAAGAUUGCAAAAGGAGAAGAUUUACUCCCAAAUGAGCGAAAAUUCAUGAAGGAUAAAAAGGAUAGUCGGCAGGAGGUUCCAACAUAAGUCAGGGAUGUUGUCCUGCUAACAUUAUCCGGAAACAAAAUUGGGUCUCUAUUUGAACAUCAAGCUUCCCAAUAUUGUAGGAACGUUUGCGUUUGUUGGGAAGAUCCAACUGAGAUGUGGGGUUAAUUGGAUUUGUAAAUAAAACUCAGCCUUGUGUAAAGCCGUAUGUUAAUUUGUCCACCUCAAAGUAACUGAACAAAAAUGAGGGCCUAAUUUAGAUCUAGAUUAAAUCAGAACUGCAUAGAAAAUCAUUGGUUUUGUUUAGGCAAUGUCAGAGGUGCAGGGCUGGCCCUCCCAUUAGGCAAGAUUAGGCGGCACUUGAUUUUGGGGUGGCAUUUUGACAAUUGGCUGCUGCCCUCCAGCGCCCCUGAUCGGCUACUACAUCACCAGCGGCACCCCAGCCACCAGCUCAUUAGCGUUGCUGCAGUUCCCGCCCCCACCCCAUUCCCGCUUCUCCUGAAGUGCAUUCCCACUAUCCUUGGUAGCUAUGUUGACGUGUGUGUUUUAUGUGGGAUUAUCCAAUUGUGAAACAAUAAUAAAAAGGAAUCUGCCAAUGAAA